AUGUAUCAGUUGCGCCAGCUAACCCUUGGCCUUGUCGGAUUAUCUCUGGCGAGAUGUGCUUUUGCAACCGAUGGAGAGUCGAGUGUUAAGUCCUUGAAAACGGAUACUUUCAAAGAUUUUGUCACGCAACACGACCUUGUUCUUGCUGAAUUCUUUGCUCCAUGGUGUGGCCACUGUAAAGCCCUCGCUCCCGAGUACGAGUUGGCUGCAUCGGAGCUAAAGGAAAAGAAUAUCCCACUUGUGAAGGUGGACUGCACUGAGGAGGCCAGCUUGUGCGAAGAAUAUGGAGUCGAAGGCUAUCCAACACUGAAAGUUUUCCGCGGGUUGGACUCGCCUAAACCGUAUAACGGUGCUAGGAAAUCCCAAUCUAUCGUGUCCUACAUGAUCAAACAAUCUCUUCCAGCAGUAUCAAAAGUAACACCUGAUACCUUUGAGGCGGUCAAAAGUUUAGACAAAAUAGUUGUCAUUGGCUAUUUUAAAGAAGAUGACAAGGCAUCGAAUGAAACAUUUACUUCGGUUGCCGAGGCGUUGCGAGACGAAUAUCUUUUUGCAGGUGCUAAUGACGUCGCCAUGGCGGAGGCCGAGGGUGUGUCCCAGCCAGCAGUUGUUUUGUACAAAGACUUCGAUGAAGGGAAAGAUGUUUUCACCAGCAAAUUUGACCAGGAUGCUUUGACGCGCUUCGUAAGAACCUCUAGUACCCCUCUCGUUGGUGAGGUAGGACCCGAAACGUACUCUGGAUACAUGGCGGCUGGCAUUCCACUCGCGUAUAUUUUUGCGGAAACUCCAGAAGAACGUACGCAAUUUGCUGCAGACCUGAAGCCUCUCGCGAAGAAAUUGAAGGGAUCCAUAAACUUUGCUACCAUCGAUGCGAAGGCUUUUGGAGCGCACGCUGGGAAUCUCAAUCUCGAUCCAGAGAAGUUCCCCGCAUUUGCCAUUCAGGAUACAGUAAAGCAGACGAAAUUCCCGUAUGACCAGACUAAAAAGAUUGUGGCAGAAGACAUCAGUCAAUUUGUGCAAGAUGUUCUCGACGGAAAAAUCGAACCGAGCAUCAAAUCCGAACCGAUUCCUGAAUCUCAAGAGGGCCCUGUUACUGUAGUUGUGGCUCGCUCCUACGACGACAUCGUGAAAAAUAACGACAAGGACGUAUUACUGGAGUUUUACGCCCCGUGGUGUGGACACUGCAAGGCUUUGGCACCGAAGUACGACCAAUUAGCCUCACUUUAUGCGAACAAUCCCGAUUACGCUUCAAAGGUCACCAUCGCCAAAAUCGAUGCUACUGCUAAUGGAUCUAUUUACUCAUUCAUGAGGAAUGGAUCCCUGUGA